AACGUAAGUGUGGCCCCAUGUGACCGAGAUAAGGCAGAUAGUAUAAAUAUUUCCUCUCGUGUUUUCACGAGACCAGAGUAGAAAACUGAACGAUGUUUCUCUCAGCUAUAGUCGAUCUCUUGCAUUUUGUUUUACAGGUGUGCGAGUGUGUCAGCCACCUUCACAUCGUCAGUGAUGUGGUGGGAUGGGCACGCACCUGGAUGGGGUUUAACUUUCUAAAAGUGCGGGGUCCUGGAAGAAAGGAUGUGCAGAAAGUAGAGGGGGACAUCGACAGAAUACCGAGGGAAAGCAAUAAUCCAAACGCACCAACUCCCAGCAGCGUCAAUUACCAUUUCACACGGCGGUGCAAUUAUAAAUGCGGGUUUUGCUUUCAUACCGCCAAGACGUCUUUCGUGCUGCCCCUCGAAGAAGCAAAGAGAGGGCUGCGUUUGCUGAAAGAAGCAGGGAUGGAAAAGAUUAACUUUUCUGGCGGGGAACCAUUUUUACACGAGAGAGGCGACUUUCUCGGAAAACUGGUCCAGUACUGCAAACAGGAUCUUCAACUUCCAAGUGUCAGCAUAGUAAGCAAUGGAAGCAUGAUCAGGGAGAGAUGGUUUCAGAAGUACGGUGAAUUCCUGGACAUCUUGGCUGUCUCUUGCGACAGCUUCACCGAGGACACCAACAUUCAGAUCGGCCGCACCCAGGGUCGUAAAAGUCAUGUGGAGAACCUGAAACUGGUCCGUGACUGGUGCCGGCAGUACAAGGUGGCGUUCAAGAUCAACUCCGUCAUCUGCAGCUACAAUGUGGAGGAGGACAUGAGGGAGCACAUUGCGGAGCUGAACCCCAUUCGCUGGAAGAUAUUUCAGUGUCUGCUCAUCGAGGGAGAGAACGUCGGGGAGAGUGCACUCAGGGACGCCGAGAAGUUCGUCAUCAGCAAUGAACAAUUUCAAGAAUUCCAGGAUCGGCACAGAGACAUCCAGUGUCUCGUUCCAGAAUCCAAUCAGAAGAUGAAAGACUCAUACCUUAUCUUGGAUGAAUACAUGCGCUUUCUCGAUUGCAGAGAAGGACGGAAGGACCCGUCGAAGUCCAUCCUUGACGUGGGUGUGGAGAAUGCCAUUCAGUUCAGCGGUUUUGACGAGAAGAUGUUUCUGAAGAGGGGUGGCAGAUAUCUGUGGAGCAAAGCCGACAUGAAGCUGGACUGGUGAUUUCCGGAAGCCAGUGGAUUGAGCUGUUUGUGUUCUUGAGGUUUAUUUUCUUCAUUUUUUCGUGAAGUGUUUUGAAAUUCACUUUUAUAUAUUUUUAGAAAAAAAUGGAAAUAUACUCUUUUUAACUUGUACUUAUGUUUCUGUAUAUUACAUUGUCUACAGGAAUUUCUGUUGUACAUUUCCAGUAAUUUUAUUUGUUUUAUUUAUUUAUAUUGAUUUUAGGCUAAUUUCUCUGCAUUUCAUUUAUGUAAAAUAAAGUAUUUUUAUUAUUC